AUGGCUGUUGCUGAUGUAAAUCUUCAUCAACCACUUAUUUUAAAUGGAUGUGGAAAUAUUCUCCCUGCUCCUACGAUUCCAUAUGGUGCAAGACGCUAUGGUCUUAAUCGUAAUUUCAGGAGAGUAGGAGCUGGUUGUGGUUGUGGUUCAUCAUUAAUAGGGGGUGCUGCUUACGGAGAUGAUCUUAGUUAUACUGGAACUGGAUUGGGCGAUGUUGGCUAUAAUAUAUCAUCAUGGUACGGUUUACCAGUUGAUUAUGUUAGUGGUACAGCUGGACUUACAAAUGCCAAUUUAGCUACAAUCAAUUAUUUAUCUACACCACAAGCGACCGGUCUUCAACAGUAUGCAACUGAUGUUCAAGGUUUCUACGGAGAUUAUUAUCCACGACUUGUACGUCGUCGAGUACUACGUAGUGGUGUACCUUACAAAAAAAACAUUGGAGUUCGAUAUCUUCGACCACGAUCAGGCCCACUUAUCAUCAGAGGAGUGCGACCACGUCCACUUCGUAUUAGUCGACAAGUUCUACAUCGUAGUUCACCACCUCCACUAAUCAUACGUGAACAACUAUUGACUUCACCAGUUCCCUUUGCUUCUCAAACUUGUAUUCAACGAGUGCCUGCUCUUCCUCUUCCACCUCGAUCAAUACCUGUCGGACGUUUACCACCACUUCCACCUAGACCUCAAACUGUUAUUCUCGAGAAAUGGCUUCCAUUCAGAAGACAAGCUAGACGAAGAGUAAUUGUCCAACGUGCACCACCACCUAGAGCAUAUCCAAGACCGCGCAAUAUUGUUAUUCAAUAUGAACCUACUCCAGCGCGUGUUAAUCAACGAAUUCGAUUUCUUGGUGUUACUCAAGGAGAUCCUCAAGCAUAUGUUCAACAUUAUGGAGGAUCACUGUUGGAUGCUCAUUCAUUGGAACAAAUAGCACGUGCUGCUGGUGUGGUAGAAAAUAUUUCACCGUCUGUUUUAGCUGGUUCAAUAGCUGCUAACUCAUAUCAAUUUGCUUCGAGAAUUGUGGACUACUGGAUAUUAGAGAAAAUACAAACGGUAUCGAUGAAGUAA